AUGGGAUGCGUUGUGCAUGUCUUGCAGCAGAAGUCCGACACGGGGCAGCCCUACGACUGGUUCAACCUGGACGACAUGGGCUCGCUCAUCCACUCUGAGGAGUUUGCAAGCACACUGAAGGAGAACAUCAACCACUACUUCGAAGUCGGCUUUGAAGACCAGGCUGUGAUGGACGAGGACGGCAUUCUGGUGGCGCCAGCGGACUUCCUGCGCGCGCUGCAGCAUCCGCGGCCCUACUUCAGGGUCUACAACCUGCGGCAGAUGCCGCCAGAGCUCAAGGAGCAGACCUCCGAGAGACUGGGGACCAUCGCGCAAGAGGCCGCGAGGAUGAAGCAGGUGCUUGCGAGAGCUCCGUUAGCGCCUCGCGUAGAAGCUGCCGCACCCUUGAGGGAAGCUCCAGGCUGCGGCUGCCUCUCGCUGCCCCGGGAAGGCCUGUCUGCAGGCUUCGGUGCGGCCCGAGCUCCAACGCCUGAAGGCAGCUACUGCCCCGAGCCCGUGGCCGCCGCGCCGGCGCCAGGGCCUUGGGCACCCUCGAGCCAAAGCUUUGAUCAGAUGCAGGCCCAAGCCAGUCCGUCCUGCCCGAAAUGCGGGCAGCCGUACGUGGAGGAGGGCCUCUUCUGCCGUUCUUGCGGGCAGCUGCGCGCGGCCACGCCCGCGGAGCUGCGCACCAUGCCGGCCGCGCCGGUCGCGGGGCGCCUGGAGACCUCGGUGGCGGACCGGGUGGCAGGUGACCUGCGCACCUUCCCGGGCCUGACCUCGUCGAGUGUCUCUACCGCCCCUCCGCAAGUGUUUGGCGGAGGAAGUGCUCCCCAACAGGACACCUGGGCGAUGCAGGUGUCGGUGGGUGUCAGUGGUGUGGGGGUGGGCGUGGGCGUGGGCGUGGGGUGUGUGCGGGUGAGAGGUUUCUUCGGUUUACAUGUGGAGUGGCCCUUGAACCAUAGGAGCGACAGCCAAAGCCUGGGCCUGGUCUACGCGCUGGCGGCCGCGAUCGCCUUUGGCAUCCAAUACGUCCCAGCGCGGCGCUUAGAGCUCCGGGCCGCUCUCGUGGGGCUCGGAGUCAAGAAGUAUGAGAUCUUCGAAGGCACGGCGUUCCAAUGGUUCAUGGGCAAUGGGAUCCUCAUGAUGGGCUUCCUCAUCGCUGUGAGCUCUGGCCAGCUGGAGCGUGGGCUCUCGCCGCUGGUGAUGCUCGGAGGGGUGCUGUGGGCAAUGUCCAACUACCUGGUGCUGCCUCUGGUGAAGCUCUUGGGCAUUGGCCUGGGCUUCUCCUUGUACCACUUUGUGAAUUUGAUGGUGGGGUACUGCAUCGGGCGCUUCGGCCUGUUCGGGGUGAAGAAGCUCUCUGGUGAGCUCUGGAUCUGUGAUAUCGGCUGCGGGCUGAUCCUGCUCUCUUUCUUUGCCAUGGUCUUUGUGGAGGCAGGGCACGAGCCGGAGAGCGACGACUCCGAUGCGAGCGAGUGCGAAUCGCUGCACAUCGAUCCUGCUGACGCCACCGCCGUUGAGUGCGACGUCAGAUUCAUGGCGGUGGGGGGAUUUUCAGUUUACGGCGUUCCUGAAGGUGAUCAAGCUGCCGUGAAACCGGCGAAGGCGAACGACUUGACCACGCUCCACCGGGUGAGCUCGCUGGACCGCUUCGGGCGAGGGGCCCAACGGAUCAUUGGGGUGAUCCUGGCGAUCUUCGCUGGGGCGCUGUGUGGGGUGAACGGCGUACCUGCCACCAUCUACGAAGCUGCGCACCCGGAGGUGCCCGCCGUUGCCACGGCCUUGCCGCAAUGCUUCGGGAUUUGGGUGUGCUCAAGCGUCAUUUUGAUCAUCUAUUCCAGCCUCGCAGUGGUGCGAGGGGUGAAGCUGCAAAAGUCGGUCAUCGGCCCAGCCUACGUCAGCGGCUGCAUCUGGGGUGUGGGCUUCGCCUGCAUGAUGCAGGGCAUCAAAUAUUUGGGCUACUCGGUGGGUUACACCUUGGAUGCUGUGGGGCCCAUCUUGGUGUCCAGCCUGCUGAGCGUUUUUGUGUUCCGGGAGAUCACCGGAAAGAAGAGUCUGCUGAUCUACACUGGUCUCGCCCAGCUGGGCGUGCAGCUGGGCGUGACCGUCGAUGUGCCAUCCAUGCCCAACCCGCCCAAGGCCGAGCCGACAGGACAUGGGCCCUGCCAGGUUCACUUCGAGGCGGAGCGGCCGCAUGGCCUGCGCGCGGAGAAAGCCACCUGCGCCAGCUGCGGGGCGCAGAACGCGGCAGAGGACGAGUACUGCUGCAAAUGCGGCGCAUCGAUGGCGGAGCCACUCAGGAGCCUGCCGCAAGCCAAUGGCAAGGCAGAGCGCUUCGGGGCGUGGGAUGGGCAGUUUGAAGUCUCGCUGGUGAAGGAGGCGAAGGGCCCGGCUCCUGCCUGCACCUGCGGCAACGUGUUCAUGCCGGAUGCUGAGUUCUGCCGCAAGUGUGGCCUGAAGCGUGAUAUGGCAUCGAGACCAGAUAGGUUUGGCUUUGCCAACGUGCCUACGGAAGACGGCAGGUCGCUGCAGGUCACCUGGGUGGACCCCGGGGGUUUGCUGGCCAGGUGGAACACCCUCCAUCCCGACAAGUCCGUACAGGAGGGCGACCUCAUUGUGGCGGUCAACAAUGUUGGCGAGAACGUGGAGGCGAUGAGAGUUCAGCUGCAGCUGAGCGCCAUUCGCAUCACCCUGCAGCCCGCGAGAACGAGAACGGCCUCGAAGGUCGGCUCGCUGCAGACUCUGCAGCCCUUGCAAACCCUGCAGACCGAGCCGAUGCUGUCGGCGGCUCCGCCGAUGCUGUCGGCGGCUCCGCCGAUGCUGGCGGCGGCUCCGCCGCCGCUGGGGAACUCUGAAGGGACCAGGCUGGUGCUGCCACAGGAGGUAAGUUUGCCAUCCUGCCCCGGAUGCGGCAACAUGUACAUGACAGAUUCGGUCUUUUGCCGGAGAUGUGGGCGGCCCCGCGGGAAUGCGCCGUUAAGAUGA